AUGAGCCAAACACAAUCUUCCUUGACCACGGUCACCAAAAAACCUAUUCGUGGUCUUUUAAUUGAUGACCUUGUCGAACUCUUCAUUCUAGAAGGUCAAUCCUUGCCUCCAACGGAUGUCAAUGGUUUAUCCGAUCCCUACGUCUCUAUUUCGACCACUUCCAAAUUGGCUCUUCAAAGCAGUAAUCAUGGAGGAUCGGAAUCGGUCGUAUUCAAACCAAUUGCUCAAACGAAGGCCGUUUACAAGAGUUUGAAUCCAGUGUGGAAUUCUCGUUUCUCCAUCUUGUACGAUUCCAUUUUGUUGUUUGAUUCCAUUCGUUUGCAUGUGAUGGAUAAAGACUUGUUGAGUAAGGAUGAUUUUGUAGGUGAGAUUUGUAUUGAUCUUUCACAAACCUCUCUUGUGAAUACCGUGAAGAAGGAAAGUAAAAGCAUUAGUCCACAGCAUGUGCAAUCAAAGAUCGUUUAUGAAUAUUCCAUUUAUAGAAAUGAUCCAUUGUUGAAAUUGGUGAAUUCUAAAGUGAAUGCAAUGAUGACUCAAAGUACUUCAUCCAGUCCCAGAGCAUCCACCAAUUCUGAUGAGAGCUUGAAAUUGACUGCAUUUUCAUCUCCUUCAUUGAGUGGAUUAAAUUUAUUCAUUCCACUCAAUUGGACUCAAGUGACAAGAGAAGCUCCAGAAUUUGGAAUUAUUCCUGAUUCAUCUAUUCCAUGUGUGACAUUUAUUAAUGAAAGAGGAUUCAAAGAUGAAGAAAAUUUGCAUGUGGAAGUUGGUGAGCAUGUCACUUUUCAAUGUGUCACUUUGCAUUGUCAAAGUGAAAUGUCAUUGGAACAAAAAAUUGAACAUGUUUUUCGAGAACAAAUCAUUGGAAAUUUACAAAAAUUGCAUUCUUCUCCCAUUGAAAUUGUUUUUGAAGAACAGAGUCACUCUGCUGGAAAAUUAUUCGAAAAAGAUUCCACUCUCUUUUAUUACCAUAUUCAAUAUGUUUACAAAAAUAGAAAAUAUCAUUUAGAAGAACCAGGAGUCAAUGCAAGAUAUUUCUUCAUUACCGGAAACAGUGGAGACAGUGAUCGUGCUCUCAUUGUGAAAUUUGCCACCGAACAUUCUGUCUAUGAAAGUUCUACCUUACUCGACAAAAAUGGAAAUAAGGAUCAUUCCUUAAUGAGUCGUCUCAAGCAAGCAACUAGCACCAACACUUCCAAUCCAUUGCAAGGUGGUGUUCUCUUUUCCACAAAACCAAAAUUCUUUGACACCAAACUCGUAAGUGGAGAUAAAGACAUUACUCCACAAAUUUCAUUGCAUCCCAUUGUGAGAGAAUUGCAACAAGUAUUGACCAAAUUGAGUUUUGAUUAA